AUGGCGUCAACAAAGACGAUAUCGUGCAAGUUCUUUCCACAAGGACUGUGCAGGAACGGGGAGUCUUGCAAGUUCAACCAUGAACGGAACACAGGCACUCAAAACCUCGUCCAGCACUCUCCUCCCUUUGGCGCCACCGACAGACUCGGCCUCAAUCCUACAGUUGCUAUUGCUACUCCUAUCGAUCACAAAGGGAAAGCCAACUAUACUCCCAUCUGCACCUUCUUCGUACGAGGGUUGUGUACCAAAGGCAAUCAAUGCUGGUACCGUCAUCCUUCGGAUCCUGAUGGUCCUGUGCUACCGCGAUUAGUCAAUCCGGACGCGAUCACCCACGACACAGGUCUAAGCCAGCAAUGUGAGAGUGAGAGCUAUCCUCAUCCUCAUCCUCAUGCAAUACCAGACUCUCGUGCAACAGUCCCCUGCAAAUUCCUUUCAAGGUCCGGCGGUUGUCGAAAUAGUUCAUGUCCGUACCUCCACACCCUAGACGGUGACGAGGUUGAACAGGCCAGCUCCGGCAACCAACAUGUCGAGGUCACCGAAGACGAGGACCAAGAACGCAAAGAUAAUUUUACUCGAGACCUCUCCGGGGCCCUGGUCUCCUUCGACCAUGUCGGCCAGAUCGUCAAAGUUUCUCUUCCAACGGACUUCUCUAUUGCAUGCAUUACAGGUCUUGCGCAAGAAACCACACCUCAAAUGGUUGUCGAGAUUCUUCGUGGCUUAGACUUCAACGUAAAUGUCGACUUCGUUCGUAUCCUUGGGCAUACGGCGUCGGAGGGGACCAAGGCCACGGUGAAAGCGGAAGACCCCUUGUUUGCGAACAAUCUGAGCGCCAGACUUGAGAAGCUGAUGCCGGCCCUCAGUGCUGUGUCGAUCCCGAUUGAUAGCAGACGGUCGAAUUGCCGAAAAGUCUACAUCUCCUGGCACAAGACUUCUCGAAGUGUUUGGAUGAACUUCGGCAACGCCGAGAUAGCGAACAGGGUUGCACAGAAAUUCCUCGAAGGCAGGUACAAAUGUCUAGGUCAGUCUGUCAAAUGCUCUGUUGCUGUUGGACCGCGAACUGCAUAUUCCUCCGGGCGACGUCGCUUUUCCCAUAACCCGGUGGCUUACACUAUUACAUUGAGCGAUGUGCCUGGACAUGCGACCCGCGACGAUGUUGAAAAGGCCAUCAAAGCCAUCCACGAUAAACCACGGCACAUUGAAAUGGGAGACGUUAGCUACAGCACUUCUGAUGCUGAAGUCAGCGUGGAAGUUCGGUCGCGCCUCGAAGAUCACGGCCAACUCGAGAGUUUCUAUCUCGCGCCCGAGUCCGCAUCCAAAGGCAAAGGCAAGCGAGUGAAGGCUGCAGCGUGGUUCCGAGAAGAAGCGGACGCCCGAUCAGCAUGCUCGCUGAACAGCAAACGAUUAGAUAUCAUCGGAGGAGGGAAAUUGACCGUGACACUGGUGCAGUCCGCCAAGGUCAAAGUGCAAACGACCAUCUACUUGGCCUCGAAGAGCAGGAUCGACCAGGAAAAGAAGAUCUGGCAGGAACGGCAUUUAGCGUUCCAUGUUUACUCGAAUCCUUCACAAGGAUACACGAUGUUGAAAGUCGAGGGGGACAAUGCCACUGAAGUGGCGCGCGCUCGCAAAACACUCGAUGAGAUUUCCAGUGGAAUUGUCCUUACCGAGGGUGAGCGUGAAGAUGCAGUUUGGACUUCAGCCCUCCACAACAAUGGAAGUGCGUACCAGAAGCUCAAGAUGAUAGAGAAGAAACUCGACAUAGUGAUCCACCGGGACAAGUCGAGGCGUCAGCUCCGAUUUCACGGACCGCGGGAGAAAUUCCAGCAGGCUGUGGGCCAGGUGACUGAAAUGCUCAAAGAAGAAGAAAGAUCAAGAUCACCUACGAGCGGCCUAUAUGAGAUGGUUCUCAACGACGACCAAUUCUCCUGGAUGAUUCAUGAUGGCUUCAAGAACAUUGAACGAGUCUUGGGGAAGAAUGUGGCCAUUUUCAACGUGGUGACGAGGAGCCUUGCCGUCAGUGGCACACGGCAACAAUAUGAAACAGCCUUGGCGAUGAUGAACGGCAACUUGAACAAGAAAGAUAGUGAUGGUGAUGGUGAUGGUGAUGCUCUUGAUCUUCAAUCCAUCUCGCUCUCGGUGUCGGGGCCGGUGCCGGAAGGAGACUGUCCGAUCUGCUUCUGCGAAGCAGACAACCCUAUCCAGACCUCAUGCAAGCAUACAUAUUGCCUCGAAUGCUUCGAAGACUGCUGCAAAUCCGCCGCAUCGACCAGUAAGGACAAAAACGGCUUUCAAGUCAAGUGCCAAGGUGAUGAAGGCACUUGCCCGACAAUCUUCACUCUCCGAGAACUACAAGACCAUCUACCGUCAUCCGUCUUCGAAACGGUGCUCCAGUCCUCUUUCGAAGAGUACAUCCAACGUCACCCGGAGGCCUUUCACUACUGCCCGACUCCAGAUUGCGGGUAUGUGUAUCGAUGUAGUGGCCCUGACACCAGCAACAUCACUACCAGCAACACCACUGCCAUUGCUGCCUCCAGCUCGACGCAGAAUCAGAACCAGAGCCAGAACCAGAGCCAGAAGCACAACCAGACCCAGAAGCCUUACAGCUGCCCAAGCUGCUUCGAGCCCAUAUGCACCUCGUGUCACGCCCGACACGGAAAUUACACAUGUGCCGAAUACAAGGACAUUGCAUCCGGUGGCUACGAGGCACUACAGAGGCUGAAGCGAGAACUCAACAUCAAAGACUGUCCGAAAUGCACCACGCCGAUGGAGAAGACAGAGGGAUGCAACCAUAUGACUUGCGGCGGCUGCAAGGCCCACAUCUGUUGGGUGUGUUUGGCGGUCUUCGACCAGAGCGGACCUUGCUAUGACCAUAUGAACAAAGAGCAUGGUGGAAUAGGGCUUGGGCUUGGACGCCUGGCGUGGUAG